AUGCCAAUUUUGGAGAGGAUAUCCUGCAGUAUGAUUUCUUCACAUGCAGAUACCCAACUUCAGUUUUGUUUAGUAAGCAAGUAUUGGCUGUCUUUUUAUUGAAAACCUGUUAAAAGUGUAAUAGCUUGACUAGAGUUGUAUGUGCCACAAGGAUUUCCACUUGGUGAUACUGCUGACGUCCUAAUAUUCAUACUCCUGUAGUUCGCAAAUAGGUACAGAUUAAAUCUGAUUAAAAAAAGGGUUUUAGACUUGUAAAAUGGCAUAUUUCUUUAUUUCAGUUUUGCUGUUCUAGUGUUUUGACUGUAUUGAUGAUGAAAGCAAAAUGAAGCCUCUUGUAAAAUUUAACAUAGAUUUGUGGGUGAGUUUCAAGGUCUGGAAUCUCUUGUUAAAUCUGAACCAAAAAGCCUUGCAAACAUGGGAAUCUAAAGAAGGCAAUGGCAUCUUUUAUUCCAGGGAUUGGAUUUCCUAGCAGAAUGCCUGUUGCAGGCAAUGGGCUCACUAAUCACCAGCAUUGUCACUCAUUUGGGACCACUCUUAUCUGUAUGUACAUGAAAGUUCAAGCCAUUGCUUGCUUGAGGAAGCCGAAUUAAUGUGCUAAGAAAUGUCUUUUCAUGUUAUCUCUGCCUCAGCCUUCAUUAUAAAGUUUAAUACUGAAUUUUUGACAAAGGUUACUUAGUGGGUAGCAGACUGCGGAAAUACUUCCAAAAAUCCAAUGGUGAAUGUUAAAUUAAUGGACAGAGUGCUAAAAAUGAAGUUUGCAAUAAAACAUUAGCAGGCUUUCUUUUUGUUGUUAGAGGAAGUUAAACCACAAGUAAACGUGUUGUUUUGAACUCAGCCUAAAUGUAAAAUCAGUGCAAAUUCCUUUAUUUUAUCAUUAAAUUGCUUAAAUUAUUGGUUAGCAGCAACCUUUUAGGACUGGGUACUUGUAAAUCAGUGUUUCAUUGAAUUCAGCCUCUUUAGAUCCCAGUCCAGUAUAAUUCUGCACUGAAGAGGGUGCUGAAUUUUAUCUGUUUCCAGUGAUAUCACAACAUGGAAUAUUAUGACCCUUAACCUUUGGGAGGGCAGAAGGUGGAGGUCUACCACCAGAAUAGUGAGGUUGAAAAGUCUCAGUGUGUACAGCUCUCUGUAUCCCUGCUGUGAUGGUUGUAUUAGAAUUUAGACAUUUGAAAGCUAUUCACAAAAUCAGCCAUUAUGGAUAUAAAUAAAAUACCGUGUUAGUAAAAUCUUACCCUUUUGUUUAACUUGUUCUAUUGAAAACAAAUACAAAAAAGUAAUGGAUCCUAUUGUUGCUUGCUUGUAUAAAACAUACAGUGUUAUCUACAGGUUGCGAUAUUUCCACAAGGCAGCAUUGAGUAGUCAAGUUGCUUAUUAAAUCAUGUUGGUUUUUUAAAAAAGUGCUACAUGUAUUACAAUUGGCAUAGCCAUAAAGAAAAGCUUGUGAAGCUCUCAAAGGAAGGUGUGGGGGAAUGCAGGCUUUAUUGCAAGCCAUUUUGCUGAGAAUCCGUGAUCCAGCCAUUUGUGCGAUCUAGUUUAAAGAUAAAAAGUAUUAUAAAUAAGGUCCAUAAAAGUAUCAGAUAACGGGCUUUUGGGACAGAGUCUCACUUUAAAUUUUUAUGCUUGGGUAUGACUACUAGAGUACAAAACAAAAGCACCUCAUCAAAUUGUGAAGAGACCAUGCUGUAAAAUCUGUCUUUUCUUUACAGUUGAAACAGCAAAUGGGAAUAGAUGGGUUCUGGAUUCUGAAGUUACUGGUGCAACAUGUACAGGCAUUGGGUGGAUUAAAAUUUAUUGCCUCCAAACAAUCAGUUGUGCUACAAGCCACAAGCCAGGAUUCAAGGUACAUGUGCAAAGCAUUUCUCUCUCUCUGUGAAGUAGUACUAGGCUGCAGUCUCUUCUUUCCACCCCCAUUAUCAUCGCAAGCGCUUCCUGUCUCGCAUAAUGUUGCGAUGUGCAGGGGUGCAUAUAAUUUUAUAUGCCAGACCCAGGUCAGCGAGCUGCUUUUGUAUCUUAUACUCUGCUAUAAAUAUCCCAAGAAGAAAAAGUGAGAACUGGCCCUUGAAUUUUGCAGUGAAAGGCAGGUUCUGAAACAGGGUUGGGUCAACCUUUUGCCCUCCCAGAUAUUGCUGCAAUGCGGCUGCCAUCAUCCCCUGGUCGCUUGCUUUGCAUGCUAGAGCUGAUGGGAGUCCAGCAACUUCUGGAGUGGCACAGGUUAACCUGUAGCCCUAAAUGUAGCUAACCAUCAAUUUAGAACAAAAACUUUCUUACUGAUAUACGUAACCAGAUUUGAGGAAAAUGAAAAGCAAGAUCCAUUGCUCGUAGCCCAGUUUAUGAUUAAAUGUACUGACAUAGUCAUUUAACAGAUUUUCAUAUGUCUGCUUCUUGGAUGGCUUUAAAUGGCACACAGCCUUCUAUCAUGUGACAGUAUUGACUUCUUUCUCCAACAGAAAAGUGAGCUCUGUUGGAGCUUAAAACUUUUCCAUGUUGCUUGUGUAACAUUUUUCAAGUAAACAGCAGCUUUCAGACAAGCUGUUCAUUUUUCAUAAGCUUAAAUCAUUGAAAUUCCUAAGUAGUAUGUUUGGUAUGCUUUUUUUUUUUAAGAGUGGCUGUUCCAUUGUCUGCAGAAAAUGUCCCUGCCUUUUCUACAAAAAUCAUUCUGGCAAGAUGUUGUAUGUGCAUUAUUCUGAUGUAA